AUGGCGCUUGCCUCUCUCAGAGGAUCAGUGAGCUUCGGCACUGACUUUUCGAUGCAAUCAAUACCAACCAACAAGGAAUGUGUUGUGAUCUACAUUGAGCAGAUGUUUGACCUUAAUAGCUUUGAAUAUGUGACUCCAGCUUGUCAUUACUCAACAUUACCGUUCAUCCAUAUCAAUGUCAACAAGACUAGAGGAGCUUCUGAGAAGCUACAGGGUCAAAGCCAGAGCGGUGGGCACGGCCCUGGCGGUGGCAAGAAGGAUGACAAGGAUAAGAAGAAGAAAUAUGAACCCCCAGUUCCAACCAGAGUGGGGAAGAAGAAGAAGAAAACCAAGGGACCAGAUGCUGCCAGCAAGCUGCCCCUGGUGACUCCUCACACACAGUGUAGACUCAAAUUGUUGAAAUUGGAGAGAAUUAAAGAUUACCUCUUAAUGGAGGAAGAAUUUAUCAGGAAUCAAGAACAGAUGAAACCUUUGGAAGAAAAACAAGAGGAAGAAAGGUCUAAGGUAGAUGAUCUGAGGGGAACACCCAUGUCUGUGGGUACCCUGGAGGAGAUCAUUGAUGAUAACCACGCCAUCGUGUCCACCUCGGUCGGGUCGGAACACUACGUCAGCAUUCUGUCCUUCGUGGACAAGGAUCUGCUGGAGCCAGGCUGCUCUGUUUUGCUGAAUCAUAAGGUUCAUGCUGUGAUAGGAGUCCUGAUGGAUGACACAGAUCCUUUAGUUACUGUGAUGAAAGUGGAGAAAGCUCCUCAAGAAACUUAUGCUGACAUUGGUGGCCUUGACAACCAGAUUCAAGAAAUCAAGGAGUCUGUGGAGCUUCCUCUCACCCAUCCUGAGUAUUAUGAAGAGAUGGGUAUAAAACCACCCAAAGGAGUCAUUCUGUAUGGCCCACCUGGCACAGGUAAAACUUUGCUAGCCAAAGCCGUGGCGAACCAGACUUCAGCGACCUUCCUGCGGGUGGUCGGCUCGGAGCUGAUUCAGAAGUACCUGGGCGACGGCCCCAAGCUGGUGCGCGAGCUGUUCCGCGUGGCCGAGGAGCACGCGCCCUCCAUCGUCUUCAUCGAUGAGAUCGAUGCCAUCGGUACAAAGAGGUAUGACUCAAAUUCAGGUGGUGAGAGAGAGAUCCAGCGUACAAUGCUGGAGCUGCUGAACCAGCUGGAUGGGUUUGACUCUCGGGGGGAUGUUAAAGUUAUCAUGGCUACAAACAGAAUAGAAACACUGGACCCAGCUUUGAUUAGGCCAGGACGUAUUGAUCGGAAAAUAGAGUUCCCUCUACCUGAUGAAAAGACCAAGAAACGAAUCUUUCAGAUUCACACAAGCAGGAUGACACUGGCAGAUGAUGUGACUUUGGAUGAGCUGAUUAUGGCAAAAGAUGAUCUCAGUGGUGCAGAUAUUAAGGCCAUUUGUACAGAAGCUGGACUGAUGGCUUUGCGGGAGCGGCGCAUGAAAGUAACAAAUGAAGACUUCAAAAAGUCUAAAGAGAAUGUUCUCUACAAGAAGCAGGAGGGAACCCCGGAAGGGCUGUAUCUUUAAGUGACCUGUCUCUGGGGACUAUUGGGAACUGUUUCUGUGGUUGAGAGUUGUGUAAAACCACGUAGCCUAGCUAGAUGUCAUUCAGUGAGAGGUUCAGUCCUGGUGGAGUGUGGUUUUACAGCCAGUGUAACACUUCAUUUCCCAAAUAAACAUAUUUGAACUG